AGUUAGUACCACUCGAUCCACAGUUCCACAGUGCGCUCUCUCUCUCCAACUAGAUCUGGUUUAUUUGAACCAGAUGCUGCCAAAGUACUGCCUUUCUGUCAUAAAUAGCAGCUAGCAUCUUGCUACCAAAACAGUGCACAGCACAGCUAGCUGUAGGAUCGACCGAUGGCGUGGAGCUGCAGGGCAGUGUUGGCCAAGCCCAUGGGCCUGAUCCUUACAGCGUUGCUCUUCUUCCCGGCAGCUCUAUCCGCGCCUACGCCACCGCUAAUCUCCUUGCCCACCGAGGACGACGGCCUCUCCUAUGGCUUCCACGACCACAAAUGCCCGGCCCUGCUCAACAACGUGAGCACCGCCGUGCGGAACGCGCGUCGCAGCGACCCCGGCAUCACCGCCGGCCUCCUCCGCCUCACCUUCAACGACUGCUUCCCUCAGGGCUGCGACGCGUCGAUCCUGCUGACGGGGCCCAACAGCGAGCAGGACAUACUUCCCCAGAACGCCGGGCUGCAGCAGGGCGCGCUUGACCUCAUCGAGAGCAUCCGCGCCAAGGUGCACCGCGCGUGCGGGCCCACCGUCUCCUGCGCCGACAUCACCAACCUCGCCACCCGGGAGGCCGUCCUGCAGUCGGGCCUCCCGCGGUACGAGGUGCCUCUGGGCCGGCGCGACAGCAUCGCGCCGGCCCGGAGGCAGGACGUCGAGGCCCUGCCGCGGCCCGACUUCGACGUGCACCAGCUCGUCCAGUCCUUCCGGAGCCGGGGGCUCGACGAGACCGACCUCGUCGCGCUCUCCGGCGCGCAUACCAUCGGCGAGGCCGGCUGCGGAAGCUUCGAGAACCGCUUCUCCUCCGAGGAGAUCAACACCAAUGGCUUCGUCAAGAGGCUCCUGGACAACUGCACCGUGAACGCCGACAGGCGGCAGGACCUGGACGUGACAACGCCGAUGAAGUUCGACAACAAGUAUUUUACCAACCUUUAUCGGGGCAUCGGGGUGUUGAGCUCCGACAUGGCGCUCCUCCUGGACGUGAACACCAGGAGCAAGGUGAAAGACUUUGCGGGUGACCAGGAGUGGUUCUUUAGGCAGUUCAGUAAUUCUAUGAGCAAGCUGGCGCAUCGGCAGGGCGCCAAGGGGAACAACGCCGAGAUCCGCAACCACUGCUUCGAACGGAACAACGGAGGGCCGUUCGUUGGCAUGGGGUUCAAGGCCUCUGCUUGAUUAGUCGAGAUUGAUCUCUCGGAUGUAUGUUGUACUCCUUCCCUUUCACAAAAGUUGGCGUCGUUAAGACAAGCCUUUAACUAAAAAUUACUCUAUCAAUAUGUACGUUAUAAGAUAUGAAAUCAUGAUCAUUAGCAAGAACUUUUAAAGACGAA